UUUUGCUGCUAUUUCUAGCCAAUCUAGCGACUGCGUAGACACUCCUUUCUUAAGUCGAUGAUCGCAUUUUCAAUCUGCUGAUAUAUUAGGACUUUUUUUUCAUUGGUUGUUAGUUUAAUGUAGUCCUCAGUUACAGGUGUGCAGGUACAUACAUAAACAUAGAGAUUGUUUUAUAGAAAACUUGAAAGUUGCCCUGAUACAAUUCAGUGAACUUAGAAAGUUAACUUUAGAACCGAAUCGCUUAUUUUUUUUUAUCUUUGGGAUUUAUUGGAAAUUAAACGAUUGGAGUUAAUACAACAAUGACGACGAAACCAGCCUAUGUUGGGAUUAAAAGCCGACUGCAUUCAUCUUCCCAGAUGACGUCAUGCUUGUGGGUGGUGGUGUGGUGAGUAAACCUGCACCCUAUCUACAAACUGAAGAAGCAUAUGGAAAUUACACAGGGAGUGAAGUACCGUCAAACAUACAGCAAUCUGUAAAAGAACAGGAGGCUCAGUUUCAGAGAUUAUCUGAAAAACUUGACAUUGGAAGACAACCCGUAGCCAACAAAUUGAAAAAGUGUAGGUUAAAUAGUGACACCCCAACCAUGACUAGCGCCCCUAAUGUUAAUGGAGACUCCCACAACUGGCGUAGUCCAGCAUUACAUGAUUCUCCCGGAGCUGUCUCCUCUAUUCAUAGUGAUGUCCUCGAGGACUCACCGGAUGAUUCUAAAAUGAGCUCACAUCUGUUGGAUUCCUGCAUGAGAGCUUUAGAAGAACGCGGAACAAUGAAUUUCGGAUAUUCACGGGAAAUGGAUUAUGGUUAUGAAGCCGACACGCACUUAGAUAACCCUGACCAGUAUUACGCUACUGUUGCUCCGACCUUAGCAAAUAUGCCAAGCAAUGCAUCUUUUGACCAAUACAGUGACCAUUCGCUUGCUUCUUCACACUUAUCACUCCAAAAUGCUGGUGUAUACAAGGCAAGAGCUGCCCCAACACAGGCUCCAAGAAAAGUAAUAAAUCCUCCAGAAUUACCACAAGCUGCCAGGAGUUCAAUUUCUUCGCUUCCACAAGAACAUUUAGAUGAUGGAUAUAAUCGGUACCCUGCUCGUGUUAGAGGCAUGGAACCUAUGGCUCCAGACAGUCGGAGCUCUCCCCGUCCACAGAUGGCAUCCAACCGAGCAGGAUCAGUGACGCCAACCAGGUCAAAUAUUUACCAUCUUCCAAAUCACCCCAUUCCUCAAAGCUUAAAAUCUAAGCAAAUUCUUGGAAACCCCAAGCCUGCAACUUCCAUGACCAUAGUACCUCCUCACAGACAGAAUCCAGGCCCUUGUUCCACAUUUUAUGCUCCUCAACGUCAUAUAGUACAUUCUAAAUGGUCUAGGGAUACUGAUUAUUAUAAUGACCGCAGUAAUUACCACAACAACGCACCAUUGAUAGGGGGAAACAUUCAAUAUGGAGAUUUACCCCCUUAUCCAGAAGUUUACCCUAAUGACCCCGCCAUGAGACAUCUUCCAUAUGAAAACAAUGCAUUUGAUCCCCCGGUGCACAGUUCUGUGGUGAGCCCCCACUAUCGUGAUUCUCCUGUUGGAGAGCCUGUUAUUGGUUAUGCAAAUUCUUACCGUGAAUCGCCUUACGACUUGCGGCACAACAACGAACCUGUUCUGGAUAAAUACAACAAGCCUCUCAUGGCCAACAACGGUAGAUACCCUGACGAUGGUUUGGACCUUAUGUAUCGUGGUUCUCCAUCGCAUCAGGAGCCGGGAUUACCUUAUGGCAUUGAUGAUGUUGACAAACGACACCAAGGUCUACCUCCUGUCAGGGUCGAUCCCUUUGCUGAUGACCUAUUCAAGGACCAAGUUCAAGAUGACGUAAUUCAUAAUGGACCUCCACCAUUACCAGAGAUGUCUACAUUUCGACAGACACCAUCACCAGCUAUUGGAAGUGAUAGAUAUGUUCCAAACCAAUAUGGUGAUGGACCCCCAUCAUAUCGGGAGCUUGACCGGGACAAAAAAUAUGGCAAAAAUGAAUUUCCAGCUGACUAUAUGAAUGAUCCAGUGAGUGGACAUCCUGCACAUUUAGGAAACUACAAAGAAGAGGAUGGAACUUAUUUUGUGGAUAAUACCAUCCCAAGGAGGAGACCGGAUUACUAUAAUAUUGAAAGCUCCAAACCACCCGAUGAAGAAUCUGAUGGCUUAGCUUCAUCAUCGGUGGAUGGCAGGUUAUCUCCAAGACUACGAAAGCCAGAUCUGCAGGAGGUGAUAGAUUUCCUUGGCAGUCCCAACGAUGCCAUCAAAGCAGACUCGGCUGGUUACCUUCAACAUCUCUGUUUUAUGGACGAUGAUGUUAAAGCUAAAACAAGAGCCCUUGGGGGCAUUCCUCCUCUUAUCGCACUGCUGAAUCAUGAAAUUCCUGAGGUACAUAAGAAUGCAUGUGGGGCCCUGAAAAAUUUAUCUUAUGGACGAAACAAUGAUGAUAAUAAGAAAGCCAUAAAAAAUGCAUCUGGUGUUCCAGCAUUGACCCGACUUUUACGGAAAUCUUCAGAUGAAGAAGUUAAAGAAAUGGUUACUGGUGUCUUAUGGAAUCUGUCUUCAUGUGAAGAUCUUAAAAAAGCCAUCAUUGAUGAUAGUUUGACUGUCUUGGUUAUGAUUGUAAUGAUUCCACAUUCUGGUUGGGGUCGGCAAGGAACUGCUCAACCUCAGCCACCACCUGGACAGCUAUGGACUACAGUUUUUAGAAAUGCUAGUGGUGUUAUAAGAAAUAUUAGCUCUGCUGGUUAUCAAAGUAGGAAAAGAUUACGAGAGUGUGACGGCCUUGUAGAAUCACUUAUACAUACAGUAAAAACAGCAAUUGGUCAAAGUGACAUCGAUAACAAGCCUGUAGAAAAUUGUGUCUGUAUUCUUCGGAAUUUGUCAUAUCGUAUCCAAGAAGUGGACGAUCCAGAUUUUUUCAAAAAACGAACGCAACAACGACAACAGAAGAUGUUAGAAAAGGGAGAAAACACAGGUUGUUUUGGUGGUGCUGGGAAGAAGAAAAAUUCUCAAAAAACUGAGAUGAAAGCAAAGCCAGACCCCAGCUCUCAUAAAUUAACACCUCCAAAAGGCCAAGAAAUACUUUGGCAUCCAGAUAUCGUUCAUAUAUAUCUUCCCUUGUUGGCUGAUUGCUCUAACCCAGUAACUUUAGAGGCUGCUGUUGGUGCAAUUCAAAACUUAGCUGCUUGUGAUUGGCAGCCUGGUAUAGAUAUCCGUGCUGCUGUUCGAAAAGAAAAAGGAUUGGCUAUCAUAGUUGAACUGCUGGGUGUAGAAUCUGACAAAGUGGUGUGUGCUGCUGCUACUGCCUUGAGAAAUCUUGCCUUGGAUCAAAGAAAUAAAGAACUAGUUGGCAAAUAUGCUAUGAGGCAAUUGGUACUGAAACUACCUUCAGACAAUCGGCAAUCAGAAGCAACCACAGAUGAUACCAUUUGUGCAGUCAUUGCAACACUUUAUGAAAUUAUAAAGAAAAACCCAGAUUUUGCUCAUUCACUAUUAGCAGAAGGUGGAGUCAGCCGUUUAGUAUCGAUAACCCAAUCCGAGGGAGCUUUUCUAGAAAAAACAGUCAGAUAUUCAGCCAUGGUGCUUCACACUAUGUGGCAGUUUAAAGAGCUUAGCGGAGAAUAUAGAAAACAGGGCUACACAGAAACUGAUUUCAAUACAAAAACUUCGACUUUCAGGACCAGAAAAAUGGAGAAAACCAAUUCAAAUAACAAAAUUGUGAACAACACUCCAACAAGUACGCUGAAUCGUCCAGUUUCUGGUCAAGGUUAUGAUGACAGCACAUUGUCCCCAACACGGCCAUUAACAAAGAACAGCGUUCCUGGCACUUACCCUCCCCGAGAUAACCAAGAUGCCAACAUGGGCUGGCUGCCAAAAGGCAGUAUCUGUGAAAAUGGCAGUGGUGGUGGUGGCAGUGCUGGAUCAGAAAUCCAUUGCAGUAAUGAAAGGGAUUCAAUACCUUUAAAUGACAUGGGACCUGGCUAUCAAACCCUGGGAGACCAGCGAGGUCAUCCAAAAUUCACAAAUGCUUCUGGGCCAACAUCUAGUCUUGAGCCUCAACCGUUGACACUGGUUAACUCCCAUGGUGAACCCCUAUAUGCACAAGUAAACAGAUCUUCAGCAAGAAAUGCCCAGGAGAGUUCCAACCCGACACAGAACAGUUCCGAGUAUCACUUUGAAAAUCCCGGAAAUGCAGACUCCUGGGUUUGAAACUGCUCCUCUUCUCACUCCCUUUUCCUCUCCCACCAACUCACAGUUCACUGAUUUAUUACAACCCCAGGACACUCUGACUGGGGAAAGAGAAGUACAAAAAA